AUGGCCAAGAAAGGUGGGACAAGGUUUACUUGGGUGAUUAAGAAUUUUGGCUCUUUGGUAUAUGAAUCUUGUUAUUCUGAUAUUUUUGAGAUUGGUACUACUGGCCACACCUGCCGCAUUGGCACGGCUCCUAUUGUAAUGGAAUCUAAGGUCUUGCCUCUGUGUAUAAUCUGUCAGGCGUAUAUUUUACAGAUAUCCAUACAUGGCAAUACGGUUACGUUCAAAGACCAGAAUCUGAGGAAUGGUUGCAUGAGUUCCCUUCUCGCCUUAGUUGCGACACUGUGUCAAUCACUUCAAGAACUAUCCAAUAAAGAUCUAGUUGAAGCAGACAUUGCACUAAAAUUUGUGAAAGAAGCAGGAUUUAAGGUUGAUUGGUUGGAGAAGAAUCUGGAGCAAGUUAAAGAAAAGAAGAAGAAAGAGCUGUCCGGUUUGGCUAAACUCCAACAAACAGAGGAAAGUUUACUGAAACUGAAACUGAAACAAAAGUGUGCAGAGCUGGAGGCUCUAGCUGAGGAGCAGAAGGAAGAGUUGUCAGCCACCAGAACUUCUCUGUCCUUCGAUGACUUAAUCUCUUAG